AUGUUCUAUAAAACUCCAUAUCCAUCUCUGGUUUCAUUUCUUCUUUUAAUGAUUGGAUGUGUUUUGUUUUUAAUGUCAACUAUCUAUACAUUAUAUAAAGUUCAACAUAGUGAAAAAUGGUGUUGUAAUCAAUGUUUACAACUUACCCGACUUGUUGUUGGUUGUGGUGUUAUAAUAACAUUUCUUUUUGGUUUAUGUUCGGUUUUUUUAGCAAGUGUAAUUACUGGAAAAUCGAGUCAAAAACAUUUUUGGGGUUAUAAAAAAAAUAUAUGUGCAAGAAUAUUAAAUGGUUUUUUUUUACUUAUAACAUUUUUUUUAACAAUUUCAUGGUUUUGUAUUACUUGUCUUACAUUUAUUCCACUCUAUGGUUUUCUUUAUAUAUACUUUGUUGUAUGUAAUAAUCGUUAUGGUACAGCUGGAGGUAGUUUUGUAAACAUUCUUAAUGAAAUUAAUCAACAUGCACAUCGAUUAGAUGAAAAACCAGCACAAUUUAAGCUUUCUGAUAUUUGUCAACCAUCUUAUCGUGAUUACUUCAGUUUAAGUAUUGUCACAACAGCUUCAUCAAUAUUGAUUAUCUUAAGUUUGAUACUCUUAAUGAUCGCUCAAGGGGCCAAUCAUGCUCAUAUUCAUAACGAUAGAAAUCGUUAUGAAUUAGCACAAAAUAGUGAUCAAGAUAUUGAAGAUACCAAAAUGUGA